CAAGAGUCAAGGCUUGGCCGAUGACCACCCCUCACCCCCCUUCCCAGGACACUAGGCAAGUGCAGGGUCCUGAAUAAGGUACGACGUCGUAUUGAUUCGCCCAGCUCGUGGAGCGUGGGCCAUGGCCCAUGGAGACACAUCCCACCCCCGUCCCAUCCAGCCCAGGGACCAAGUCACCAAGACAAGAGAGAACGAGCCAUGGCGCGCCUUUGCCCUGGUCUGUCCAUGGUCACCGGUGCCUAGUGCUUGGGUACCGCAGAUACUUGGUCUUGGUACCUGUUGUUGGUGUGGUUGCUCAUGUUCUGCCUAGUUGGCGCUGCUGGGCACUGCUGUGCCUCAUCUCGUCGAGUCCAAGUAAUAAAACCAUCCUCCCCGUUCGUAUGUUUCUACCCUCUCACCUUGUUCCUCACCUCUUCUUAUUUUGCUUCCCCACGAGCUUCUACCUCUUGCCUUUUCUUAGCUUACCUGCCAGUCCCUCGUUAAUCGGCAUAGCUUUUCAUUAUUUCCACACUCACACUCCCCCUCGAGCCACUUUCCAGCUUCCAGCUCCUUUAAUACUUGUCAGCAGCCUCUGAUAAAUAUCUCGUCACCUUCGAACCUUUUCUCAUCAAACUCGCUACUCGCUUCUUUCCUCGAUCGACGUAUACGAAUUACCGGCAAAAUGUUCCCCAAGAUCUUCUCCGUUGCCACCGUGGCUCUCGCCGCUUCCACCAUGGUCUCUGCUCAGACCUUCACCACCUGCGAUCCUACCAAGAAGGGUAUGUUUUCUUCCGUCCCCAGUUAUUGUACUAUCGUUUGGUUUUGUUGUAAAACAGCCUGGCUAACGGAU